AUGACAAUAAAAUUUUUACAGCAUAAUAGCGGAAAGGGUAAAAGAGCGACAGACCAGCUGCUACAAACAUGUAACGAACAAGACAUCGACAUAAUCCUAAUACAAGAGCCAUUCCACGACAUAAAGCCACCUCCUAACUACAUAAUAACGAGACACAAUAAACAUAGCAAAACAUGUACAAUCACAAAGGCCGUGUACAAACCGAUUACGAUUAGAAAUAAAAGACUAGAUAGACACAGAAGGAAAAUAGAGGAAAUAAAAAACCCCUUUAUACUGGCAGGAGACUUCAACGCCAAAAACACCGGAUGGGGAGGAGACAUAAAUGACGACAGAGGAGAGGACAUACUGGACUGGAUAACUUCGAGAACUUACUUUAUAAAUAACACACAUGACAGCCCACCGACAUUUAUUAGCAACAGAGGGAAAAGCUGGGUAGACUUGACUAUUACAAAGGAAAUAACCUUAACGGACUGGAUCGUACAUAACGAGGAGACACUCAGCGACCACGCAUAUAUAACAUACAACAUAAGACAAAACAUGAGAUAUGAUCGACAAAAAACAAACAAGACAAAAUAUGACUUUAACAACACAGAUAACGAGAAAAUUAAAAGAAUCACGGAUAAUCUUGACUGGACCCUGCUCUACGACGUAGAAAGUACAGCGCAAAAAUACCAAAACAACUACGUUAAAAUCAUGGAAAACGGGCUAAAAAAAGAAAAAAGGGAAAAAAGAAAAAAAACUCAAAUAUGGUGGACCCAAGAGCUGACCAGACUAAGACAGAAAACGAACAAGAAACGAAAACAAUAUCAACAAGAACAAAACACAAUAGAAAGAGCAAUUAAACUAAACAUAUACAGAGAACAAAGAAGAAUAUACAAAAAAGAGAUAAAAAGAAAUAAAAUAAACUCACUACGCCAAUUUCUCACCGACAAUGACCCGGAUAAUCCAUGGGAAACAGCAUAUAGAAUACUAAGAGCAGGGACCACAACCGACUACUCACUCAAAACGAUAGAAAAACAGGACGGAACGUGGACAACUACAAGAGAGGAGACAAUAAUGACUUUACACGAAAUGUACUUCCCCCCAGACGACAUACAAAACGACACCCCACUACAAACCGAAAAAAGAAAAAAUAUGACCAGAGACUUUACGACACCCGAAGACCCGAUCUUUACAGAACAAGAGGACACUUUCCUAACAUUUGGAAGACCGCAGACAUGGUGUGGUUACCAAAAAAGAACGGCUCCAAAAGACCAAUCUGCCUGCUACCAACACUAG